CGGCCAGUCGACAGCCAGCUCUCCUGCUCCCGCGCUGCUCUCUGCCCUCAGGGGUUGGUGAGCCGGGCACCCUAACAACUCUCCCUGCAAGAUGAAGAAGCUCCAGGGAGCUCACCUCCGCAAGCCCACCACCCCCGACCUGCUGAUGACCCCGAGUGACCAGGGAGAUGUAGACCUGGACACAGACUUUGCUGCAGACCGGGGGAACUGGACGGGCAAGCUGGACUUCCUGCUGUCCUGCAUCGGCUACUGCGUGGGCCUGGGGAACGUCUGGCGGUUCCCGUACCGAGCCUACACCAACGGAGGAGGCGCCUUCCUUGUGCCCUACUUCCUCAUGCUGACCAUCUGUGGCAUCCCCCUCUUCUUCCUGGAGCUCUCUCUGGGCCAGUUCUCCAGCCUGGGACCCCUGGCCGUGUGGAAAAUCAGCCCCCUCUUCAAAGGUGCCGGUGCGGCCAUGCUGCUCAUCGUAGGCCUGGUGGCCAUCUACUACAACAUGAUCAUCGCCUACGUCCUCUUCUACCUCUUCGCCUCCCUCACCAGCAACCUGCCCUGGGAGCACUGUGGCAACUGGUGGAACACGGGCCUCUGCCUCGAGCACAGAGGCUCCAAGGAUGGCAACGGGGCCCUGCCCCACAACCUCACCGGCACCGUCAGCCCCAGCGAGGAGUACUGGAGCCGAUACGUUCUCCACAUCCAAGGCAGCCAGGGCAUCGGUAGCCCUGGGGACAUCCGCUGGAACCUCUGCCUCUGCCUGCUGCUUGCCUGGGUCAUUGUGUUCCUCUGUAUCCUCAAGGGUGUGAAGUCCUCGGGCAAGGUGGUGUAUUUCACGGCCACGUUCCCCUACCUCAUCCUGCUCAUGCUGCUGGUCCGUGGAGUCACCCUCCCUGGGGCCUGGAAGGGCAUCCAGUUCUAUCUCACCCCCCAGUUCCACCACCUACUGUCUUCCAAGGUGUGGAUCGAAGCUGCCCUUCAGAUCUUCUACUCCCUUGGUGUGGGCUUCGGGGGUCUCCUCACAUUUGCUUCCUACAACACAUUUCACCAGAACAUCUACAGGGCCAGCUCGCCCUGGCCUGCGUCUGGACUUCUCCCGGCAGGGACACCUUUAUCGUCACCUUGGGCAAUGCCGUCACCAGCAUCCUGGCUGGCUUCGCCAUCUUCUCUGUGCUGGGCUACAUGUCUCAGGAGCUGGGUGUGCCUGUGGACCAGGUCGCCAAAGCAGGCCAUGACCAUGCUGCCCCUGGCACCCUUCUGGUCCUUCCUUUUCUUCUUCAUGCUGCUGACCCUUGGCUUGGACAGCCAGUUUGCCUUCCUGGAGACCAUUGUGACAGCUGUGACAGAUGAGUUUCCAUACUACCUGCGUCCCAAGAAGGCUGUGUUCUCGGGGCUGAUCUGUGUGGCCAUGUACCUGAUGGGGCUGGUGCUCACCACCGACGGAGGCAUGUACUGGCUGGUCCUCCUGGAUGACUACAGUGCCAGCUUCGGGCUAAUGGUGGUGGUGAUUACCACGUGCCUCGCCGUCACCCGGGUGUAUGGCAUCCAGAGGUUCUGCCGGGACAUCCACAUGAUGCUGGGCUUCAAGCCAGGCCUCUACUUCAGGACCUGCUGGCUAUUCCUGUCCCCGGCCACACUCCUGGCCUUGCUGGUGUACAGCAUCGUCAAGUACCAGCCCUCUGAGUAUGGCAGCUACCGCUUCCCAGCCUGGGCAGAGCUGCUGGGCAUCCUGAUGGGCCUGCUGUCCUGCCUCAUGAUCCCAGCUGGCAUGCUGGUGGCUGUGCUCCGAGAGGAGGGCUCGCUCUGGGAGCGGCUCCAGCAGGCCAGCCGGCCGGCCAUGGACUGGGGCCCGUCCCUGGAAGAGAACCGGACGGGCAUGUACGUGGCCACCCUCGCCGGGAGCCAGUCACCCAAACCACUGAUGGUGCACAUGCGCAAGUACGGGGGCAUCACCAGCUUUGAGAACACUGCUAUCGAAGUGGACCGCGAGAUCGCUGAGGAGGAGGAGUCCAUGAUGUGAGACAGGAGGCAGGUGGACAGAAGGCCCUGCUCCAGCCACAGAGGACAGCCUUGCCUUCUGGGGCUCUGGGAAGCCAUAGGCUAUGGGAGGUUGCCGUGGUGAUGCCAGUGCCCAGUGCAAGUCCCUCUUUGUGGCUCUGCUUCUCCUGAAACCUCUGUCUGCCCACCCUUCACACGCAUACACACAGACCCACUCAAAGCUGAGAAUCACCUAGUUCAGCCCUCACUUUGCACAUGGAUAGACUGAGGCCAGGGCGGAGGGACUUCCCAGGGUCACACGUCAUAAGGGACUGACCCCAGGCUCCUGACCA